GACAAUGUAUUUUACAGAAUGCUAAAGGAAAGAAGCUAAUGGUUAGGGGGGUUUAAUUAGAAAAUUGUAAUUCAAAUAUACAAUUGAAACCGUAUAACGUAACAUGGGAUUUGUGGAGGAAUUUUAUUUUCUAUUUAUUGGAGGAAUUGUUGGGGGUUAAAUACGCACCUUUGAACCAAUAUAGUGAAAAUAGAAUAAUAAAAUUGUGGUGCUAGUGUCAUAUAUUAUAAUGUGAUGGGUAACUAACUAAAGAUGAGGAUGAAAAUAGUCGAAUAUAAAGUUAGGCAGAAACAUUACAACAAGUGAGAGGUGCUGCAAAGAGUGAGUGGGAGGGUGGUUACUUAUUAGGCUAAAAUUACUAGAAAAAGUAAAGAAAAAGAGAGUGUCUCUAUUCUUGAGACAUGAGAGUCUAGAAACGCAACUCCAACACAUUAUUAUCGAUCACAUGCAAAUUCAAGCAGCGAACGCAAUCAACUAUUCUAUCUUAAAAGGAUGUUUGUGAUAGGUACGUCAACGCUUAGCUUGUUCUCACCAAUCCGUUUUCAUGUCCAAGAAACAUGUAGAGGUAAUGUCACCAAAUAGUCCACGAUAUUUAAGAAAUUUUAAUCAAACAAGAAAAUUUUGAAAAUUGGAAAUUGACAUCUAAUUAUAUUGUCUCUUUCUCUUGAAAUCUCUCAUUUUGGAGACAUUGCCUCCACUUCUCGCACUCGCUCGAUAGUUUCAAAUUUCGCACUAUUAGUUGUGGUAUUAUCUUUUUUUUUUUUUUUUUGGUCAAGUUGUGGUAUUAUCAUAUUUGGUUUGUGCUCUAUGUAAAUCUGAUGGCAGUGUGUUAGUCGAGGUGGCCGGUUGCUCCGACCGCUUGGUUCCUGCGAGCCUUUUUGGCUCUAGGUUUCCUUUUUUUUUGUCAGCACUCUAGGUUUCCUAUUUUGUAACCAUUUGCAUUUUUUAUUUAUUGGUAAAAUUGGAUUCAAUAGAGAAUAUCGAUUGAAGGUAUUUUGUUUUCCUUUAUAUUAAAACAAAACCUCCAAAAUUAAAUAAAAGCUUUUUAUACAACUAUUUUUUCAUAGCUUUUGAAUCUGAAAUUAUAUUUGAUUUGAGACUAGCAGAUACAAAUCAUUAUGUUGUGAAUAAAUGCGAAUCAAACUCGAAGAAAAAAAAAGAGCAAAACGUUGGCAGAUACAUGUUUUAGAGUUUGUAUAUUAUUAUGUGAAUUAAUAACUAUACAAUCUUUAGACCUAUAUUUAUAACAAUUUUAAAACUCGAUUUUCUUAUUCUUUUAGGAAUACACCCGGCCCAACGAAUGCUCUGAAUUUUUACUGGUGCACUAUGAUUUAAAACAAAUCCAGAUGUAACACAUUAUUUUGUAUCACUCUUUCUGUUUCACAAAAAAUGUCAGUUUAACAUUUUCACAUAAAUUAAAAGAUGAUCUAAAUAUAUUUAUAUUGUUAUUAAUUAUACAUAAUUAACCAAUAUUAUUUGGGGUAAAUAAAAUUAUUUAUAAGAUCAGUGCAUUUUAAAAAUUAGUAUCAAGUUUAAAAUAAAUAUAAAUUGUAUUAGAAUGGUAAAUAAAUUGUUUAACAAGAAAAAAAUGACAAAAAUCUCAAAAUAACAAUCUUUGUAAAACAAAAUGAGUAACAUUUUACAUUAAAAAUAGAACAAAAACUUUGGAUGAUAUACACAAAAUAUAUGAGGUGAUAACUCUAAACAUAAAAUUAUUGAGAGGGGAGACUGUAUGUUUCCCUGCUUCAAAUUGAAUAGUGAUUGUUCCACUUCGCCAACUACUUAUUAGAUGCACUGAGCAUUAUAAAAAUAAAUAAAUGGAAUUUAAAUGUGAAAUGUGAUGUUAGGGAAAUGUCGACCGUUUGAUGUGAAAGCCGUCAAAAUGAGUGAAGCCCCCCUUGACAACAAUUCCAAUCUUUGUUGCUUUUGCUCCAACAACGCUUCUUACUUUUGACUUACUCAAUUUCGAUUUUUUUCGGCUAUAAAGAAAAACUCUUCUUUUGUCUCUUCUUUGUACAACUAUAGUAAUAUAUAUAUAAUUUAUGAUCUAUUUAGCGAUGAUUAUCUUAAGUAAAUGAAGAAAAAAGUAUCUGUCAUAGAUUACACCUAAUAGCAUUCCAUUAAAUCUUAUCUGAGCUGUAAAGAUGGGUUAAGGAAGAUGUUAAACUAUAUUAUCAAACAUAGUUAUCUCGCUAACUUUUUUUGUUGUAAACUAUUUUUCUCGGCAACUUUAUUCAUUGAUGAAGUCCUACACGCGUUUUAGAUACCAGUUGAAAUUUAUAAUGUUCAGUCAACAGAUCCCAUGACUAAUCUUGGUAGUGUCCACCUGUAUUUCUUACGGUUUAGCCUCUGAAAGCUUAUGCCAUAGAAUGACUAGUGAGCGUGUUCAAACUAUAAUAAAAGCACAUCAUCAAUCUACUAAAACUAGCUCUUUAUAUUAUAUGACUAUUCCAUAACUUUUUCCACCGAGUAUUCUCAAUUUUUCUUUUACUAUUUGACUAUUUAUCUUACAUACAAGUCAAGUCAAAAUAAUUUGUUGUUUUUUGUUAUAGUUUGCUUCCUCAUGGUGAACUACAUUGAUAUGUAUGUAUAUAUAUUUAUCUUUCAUACAUUGAACCAAAUAGAUGUAGAGCCAUAUUUAAAAACUAACUGAAUAAAACUAAAACACUAAGCUUAUAUUUUAUUUUAUUGAUAUCACACAAAUUUUGUAGAUUUUUUUUCCUCAUUUUCUCCGUAAAAUUUAGAUAACUGGAUCUCUGUUUUUGUCUUUCAUUGUAUCAUAAUUUAUUUUUGUUUUUACUUUUCUUUUUUUUUUCAAACUAUUUUAGUUCUCAUAUGAUCCAUUGAUUAUAUUUAUCUUGAUGGGAGCAACACGUGUGAUUCUCUAGCACAUAAAUUUCAGAGGAAGAUCUUACUGAAAGGCGUUUUAUAUAUAUAUUUGAUUCAGUGUACUUUAUGAAAUCAUAAAAAAAGAGCAGAAAUAGGCAUAUAUGCUUUUUAUACACGUAUUGACUUUGUUUGUCAGCAUAUGGACAAUAUAUUAUUUUGUAGCAACCAAGUACAAAAGAAGACAAUAUAUAUAGGACAAGAAGGUACGGCAGAAAAACAUACACAGCGUCGACGAAAUGCCAUCGUCGACAAGAUAAACAUGACCACCUCCCUUUUUCAUAAAAAAAAUUAAAACUAGAUGCCAAACUUUAAUGUAAACAUUUUAUAUAUAUGUAAAUUUCCAAGAACUUAUAUUGGUUGUUCAUUUAUAUAUGUUCAAAUAAGGACAAAAUCCAUUUGCAAAACAUCACAAUGAGAAAGAGAAUUCAAAUAUGAAAAGGAAAUUGGGUUUGAGCACAUGUUGUUCCCAACAGUUUGUGCUAUGUCCUUUUUAUUCAAUGCGUUAUACAACGUGUAAAUUAAAUUCGAUGGACCGAAAUGCUUAUACUCGUAUUACUUAUCAAAAGAAGUUUAUCAAAGGAUGCCAAAAAAAAAGAGAAGUUUAUCAAAUGGAGACUUUUUUGCUGUCAAAAUUUUAUUCCCGUAUACUAAAAGACAGUGAGCACUCAGAAAAAUAAUAAUAAUCAAAAGAUAAGAUAUGUUCGAUAAUACAAUCACUACAAGAGUUUUAUUUUUGAUCAUUUAUUCAUCAGAAUUCAUUUAAAGUAUAGCGAAAUUGUUAUAAAAUAAAUAAAAUAAAAAUAUAACUUAAAGUAAAAUUUCUAUCGAUUACUCUUUAAGGGGAUACAUCAUGUACGACUUUUAAGAAUUUAUACAUUGGCAAAUAUAUAUAUUCAUAUAGUAAUUUAGAAAUAUUUUUUGCGCAAACCUUAAUUUCAUUAAUUAAAAUAUGCAAUACAAAAAAAAUGAAAUAAGACAUAAAACAGUAGACACUAAGAUAGAUAAAUCUUCAUGAUCAAAUGGCAAUGGAUUUGAGAUGGAAUCUGAAUGCCUCAAAAAGCUUUACGGUAAAGCCAGAAAAUGCAAUACUAGUUAUUUUAAGUUAAGACGUUGGACACACCAACCUCCAUUUACGGAGUUCAACGAAAUGAAUCCGAAUCCAAUUGAUCUAAAAUUUGUAAUUAGUUACUUGAAUAUACUUAGAUAACAUCAGCAUGCAGCAUUUGAUAUAUAUGAAUAAUUUUUAAAAUUAAUUCUUAAUAGUGUAUAGGAACGUAGCAGCAUAAUUGUUUUUUUUUUGUUCUUGUCCCAUAUUACAAGUUCUCUCUUCCUUUAUUGCUUUUGGUCCCAAAACAAAAUUCCAUUAUUUUCUCCAGUGUUGAACAGUAUUUUGCCUGAACACUGUAUUUCCUGGUCAACGUCCAACCAGCCAAUAUCAAUUAAGAUAUUAACUAACUUCCAUAUCUUAAUUGAUUAACAUUUUCUUUGUAUAUAACUCUUCCUGUAUUUCUCUUUCCGACAAAAAAAACUUACGAUUAAAUUACAAAAACCAAACAAGUAACAAGAAACGACGAAAGAAAAACACUAUGGGACCAAAAUUUAUGUGAAAAAGAAUUCACAAAAAGUGUUAUAUUGCACCUUUUAUUUUUAUUUUAUUAUUUAUUCAUACCUUUUUGAGUGGUCAUAUAACUCCGAACUCCAUUUGGCCCUUGACCCUAAUUCAACUGAUGGGGCGCACCGCGUAAAUUUGCGACUUUGAAAAGUUAAGACAUAUAUGAACAUGAAAUGAUGUAGAGUGGAGAGAAGAAGUUUCUAUUGAAUAGGUUUACUUCCCACUCGUCUAGUGGUAUGUUAAACAUGAGAAUUUGACCCGUCCCUUGUUCUGUUUGUUACCAUGUUCCGUGUUAUUUAAGUUAUAUAAUUCCAAUCAAGCGUGUGUGAAUAGUUUUUGACUAAAAACAAGAAAAAAAGUUCAAAAUCGGAACACAAAUGAAUGCUACACACUUUUUCUCUCUCUAUAUAAACCAAUCUUCUUCACACCCAAAAAUCACCAUCUCUUACUUUCUCUCUCUAUAUUCUCUCUCUCAGACAUUUGACUAACAAACAGAAUGUAUAAAUCAAGUUCUGUCAGAGAUGAAGGUACAAUACCUUUAUUACCAAAACUCUCUCCUCAUGAGAAACUGCAUUUAAAUAAAAACUACUCUGCUCCUCUCACCCACUUCACAAACGAAGCAAUCUCAAUAGCAAGAAUCUCUCUCCCAUUAGUCUUCACAGGUCUCCUCCUCUACUUCCGCUCCUUCGUCUCUCUGUACUUCCUCGGCGGCCUCGGCCGCCCAACUCUCGCCGGAGGCUCCCUAGCACUCGCAUUCGCCAACAUAACCGGUUACUCUCUCUUCUCCGGUUUAACCAUGGGCGUCGAAUCAAUCUGCUCUCAAGCCUUCGGCGCAAAACGCUAUAACCUCGUCACAGCCACUAUCCGGCGAGGAAUCCUCCUCCUCCUCCUCACAUCUCUCCCCGUUUCACUUCUUUGGAUCAACAUCGAGAAGAUUCUUGAAAUUCUGAAACAGGACAAGGAUCUUGCCUCUGAAGCUCACAUCUUUCUUCUUUACUCUGUUCCUGACCUCGUCGCUCAAUCUUUCUUACACCCUUUGAGAGUUUACCUUAGGACGCAAGCAAAGACUCUUCCUUUAUCAGUCUGCACGGCCGUCGCGAGUGUUCUCCACUUGCCCAUCACGUUUCUCUUUGUCUCGUAUCUCGGGUUUGGUAUUAAAGGCAUCGCCGUGAGUGGGGUCGUCUCAAACUUCAACCUUGUCGUGUUUCUCUUCAUCUACAUCCGUUUCUUGGAAGACAAGGUAGGUCUCAACGAGGAGGUUUUAGUAGAGGAGGAGGUUGAAGAUAGUGUAAGAGAAUGGAAGAAGCUGAUCAAUCUCGCGUUACCGAGCUGCGUAUCGGUUUGUCUCGAGUGGUGGUGCUACGAGAUUAUGAUUCUGCUUUGUGGGUUUCUCAUAAACCCUAAAGCAACCGUUGCUUCGAUGGGGAUACUCAUCCAAAUCACUUCUCUCGUCUACAUUUUCCCUAGCUCUUUAAGCUUCGGUGUCUCGACACGUGUCGGGAACGAACUGGGCUCGGACCGACCAAUGAGAGCGAGGAGAGCGGCCGUUGUCGGGCUCGGUCUCAGCAUCGCCCUAGGGUUCACUGCCCUCACGUUCACCGUCUCGGUCAGAAACAUGUGGGCGAGGCUUUUCACGGAUGAUGAGGAGAUCAUUAAGUUGACUUCGAUGGUACUCCCCAUCGUUGGCCUUUGCGAGCUUGGGAACUGCCCUCAGACGACGGGAUGCGGCGUUCUUAGAGGGUCGGCGAGGCCGAGGAUCGGGGCUAAUGUUAACAUGGCGGCGUUUUAUGUGGUUGGGAUGCCGGUGGGAAUGGUUCUGGCGUUUUGGUUUGGGUUUGGUUUCAAGGGACUUUGGCUAGGGAUGCUCGCGGCGCAGAUGUCGUGUGUGGGUGGUAUGAUGGUGGCGACGUGUAGGACUGACUGGGAACUGGAGGCCGUAAGGGCUAAGGAGCUCACGGCUGUGGAUGGAGGAAGCAGUGGCGAUGGUGUAGAUGUGGAGGUUGGGAAGGUUGAUAAUUAGGGAUGAUGAGACUUAAUUCUUUAGGAGUGAUAUAGAAGAUUGAUCUGUUUCAUGACUUUCUUUCGAAUUAACUGAUAACUUUGUUCUUUAAUUGGAUGGAAAGCAUUAAAUGAUUAUUAAUGUAAGUUUUGUAUGAUAAUGGUAUCAUGCCAGAGAUUUUUGGUCGUUACAAAAUUUGGUGUAUG